AUGGACUCAUACGCCUCCACUGCGCUGGUGAUUUGGGGAAGCACAGGCAGGAGGCUCCAGUUCACACGACAGGACCUCCAGAUGCCUGAGAGUGUGAAGGAAAGGCCGAACCAUCACUUUUUCGAGAAGCAGUGGGACUCCGUUGCCGGAUUUUGGAUGAAUCGUGUUCUGAAGGAGGCGGCCUUGCAGCACAUGACUGUGCAGGAUAUUGUGCAGUGCAUCGUGAGCGACAUUGAGAGGCGGUGGGAGCAACGGAAGAAGGAGAAGUCACUGUAUAAGAAAAGAAAGCGGCUCUUGGAUUCGAGCAACAUUACCGCCGCUGGUGCGCCAUCGCCGCAUGUUCUCAUCACCAACAUCGUCUCUUUUGAGGCCUACCGACAGCUUGUGGCAGAAGAUUCAUUGCAGCAGCUCGUGACGGCGGUACUGGAAAAAGUAGAGGAAAUUGCGAAGGAGAAGGUGGCACACCACGCGAUUCUGGUGGAUGACGAUGACAAAAGCGACACCAAAAGUCCCGCCAAAGACAAGUUGAAGGAGAAGCAAGGCGAAGACGGUGAUGGGACGGGUCCGGGGAAGGCGAAGAAGAGGGCACGGCAUGAGGAGGACGACAGUGUUUCCUUUGACGACCAUGUCGCGUUUGUGUGUACAUUUUCCUCGGAGGCAAAGGCUGCCAGGGUUGUUAGUGAAUUGCAUGGAAGUACUUUUGACUCUCGGGCGGUGUUGUGUCGUUUUUACGCCUUGUAG